AUGGCGGGCGGGCGGAGGCAGAGGCGCGGGCCGGCCGGCGGGCGAGCGCUGCUGCUGCCCGCUGUGCUGCUGUGCCUGUGCUGCCGGGCGGCGCCGGAGCGGCUCCGCUACGCCAUUCCCGAGGAGCUGCCCAUAGGCUCGCUCGUGGGGCCGCUGGCACGGGACCUGGGGCUCAGCCCGGACGAGCUGCCGGCGCGCAAGCUGCGGCUCAGCGAGGACAAGCAAUACUUCACUGUGAACGAGGAGAACGGGAACCUGUACGUGACUGAGAGGCUGGAUCGGGAGGAGCUGUGCGGCGAGUCGGCGUCCUGCUCUGUCAGCUUCGAGGCGCUGGUGCACAACCCGCUCAAUGUUUUCCACGUUGAGGUGGCCAUUGAGGACGUGAAUGACAACUCCCCGACCUUCAGCAAGGCUGCUCUGGACCUCGAGAUUGGGGAAUGGGUCCUUCCCGGCACUCGUUUUCCCCUGGAGAUGGCCCGAGAUGCGGACGUGGGCAGUAACUCUUUGCUGACUUACGAGCUCACCAGCAACCCGUCCUUCUCUCUGGCCCUAAAGGAGAAUCCGGAUGGAAGCAAGCAGCCGCAGUUAGUGCUGGAGAGAGCACUGGACCGGGAGAAGCAGAACUCCUUUGAGCUGGUGCUGACGGCAGUGGAUGGUGGGGACCCCGCGAGAUCCGGGACUGUUCAGGUUCGUGUCAACGUGACAGACGCCAAUGACAACCCACCCGUGUUCAGCAAAAGUGUCUACGAGGCGCGAGUGGCAGAGAAUCUGCCGGCGGGGUCGCUGGUCCUGCGAGUGCAAGCCACGGAUGCUGACGCGGGGGCCAAUAGGCGGAUCUUCUAUUCCUUCAGCAACGUCCCGGACGGGAUCCGUGAGUUGUUCUCUGUCGACAGCGAGAAUGGCGAGAUCAGGACGGCGGGUCCCCUUGAUUUCGAGGAAAAGACUAAAUAUAGCUUCGGCCUGGUGGCAAGGGACGGCGGUGGGUUGACCGAUAAUUGCAAGGUACAAAUAGACAUCACGGACGAGAAUGAUAACACCCCCGAGAUCACGAUUCUGUCACUGUCGAGCCCUAUUUCGGAGGAUGCACCUGUCGGCACCGUAGUGGCCCUACUCAAAGUUCGGGACAGAGACUCCGGCGAGAACGGUGAGGUGUCGUGCGAGCUGUCGGGAGAGGCGCCGCUGUCGAUCGUGGCGUCGUCGGGCGGCUCGUACAAGGUGGUGACGGCGAGCGCGCUGGACCGCGAGCAGGCGUCCGAGCACCGCGUGACGGUGGUGGCCCGGGAC